UUCACACACGAAGAUGUCAUUUAAAAAACUUGAGUAUAGAAAAAUGUUUAAUAGAAUGGAUUUAUGAAUGGCGCUCAUUAUUUUUCUAAUUGCAUCAGAACUCAUUUUUUCAUCUAAAGCGGCAGGCCCAGUUUGGACAAACUUAGAUCAUACUAUUAGCAUCAAUGAAAAUAUUGCUAUAUCAACAUCAAUUUAUCAAGUAAAUGCUGCUGACGCAGACGUUGGUGAUAGUUUAACCUACGAACAAAUUCCUCCUGAUUCAAAGUUUAACCUUUCCGGUCAAGUAGUGACAAUAAAGUUUGUUCCAGAUUAUGAAACAGACGUCAAUGUGUAUACGCUUCCAUUCCGGGUACACGAUGGAUCAACAACUGCAACAGCAACCCUGACUAUCAAUGUGCUGGAUUUAAACGAAGCAACUCCUGUUGUUUCCGAUGCUUCCGGAAAUGUUGACGAAGGAAGGCCAGUAGGAUCAACAGUUUCUAUAAGUAUUAGUGCGAACGAUGCCGACACUGCUGAUGUCCUAUCGUAUAGUUUAUCGGGAACUGAUGCGGAUGAUUUCAACAUAGAUUCCUCAACAGGGGCGAUAACCACAAGUUCUGUAUUUGACCGAGAAGAUACGGCAAUAUACACGGACUUACAACUUUUAGUAUCUGAUGGUUUGCAUACAGCAACAGCAAGUCUCUCUAUAACUAUUAAUGACAUUAAUGAUAAUACUCCUGUAUUUGGUUCGUCGUAUUAUUUAGGAACUGUUACAGAAAGCUCUGCAAGUGCGUCGUUCAUAGAUACCAGUCAAUGUAGCAGGUUCCGUCAUGUUUCGGGCGGUAACAUAUCUUUAACAGGAACAAGUGUAGCAGCUAUUUCGGCAUCUGAUAGCGACGACGGCACAAAUGCAGUUAUCACUUUCAACAUCGCAAGUGGUGACACGUCUUCGAAAUUCAGCAUCUCCGGAAAUGACAUAGUUACUACAGCUACUGCUGUAGACUACGAGGUUGAAAAAUCGUUUACUUUGAUUAUCACUGCAACGGACCAAGGAUCACCUGCAAAUACAGGCACUACAACUGUUAAAAUUUCUGUUACUAGUGUCAACGAGUUUCCGCCCAUAUGGACAGAUGCCACAACACUUUUCACAUUAGCCGAAAAUGCAGCAGUGGGUACAACAAUUGUUACCAUAGCAGCAACUGAUGAUGAUGACGGUACAGACGGAGAUGUGACUUAUGAAUUUGGCACUAUUUCAACACGUAAAUAUUUUGACAAAUUUCAAAACAUUUAUAACAUGUCGGCAUAUGAUAAACAUUUCUCUGGAAUUAGUGACUCCUUUGAAUAUUUUAAAUUCCCUGCUAGUUUGAGUGGUGGACCUACAAGUGGCCUGUUUCGACUUGAUUCUGUUAAUGGUGCACUUUCAACUAUUGGCACAUUUGAUUAUGAAAAUUCGAAUGGAAUUAGCUUUUAUGAUAUUGUUGUGAAGGCUAAAGAUGGUGGAUCGACUAUCAAAUCAACAGAGAGAACUAUAAGUGUCGAGUUGGUUGAUUUUAAUGACAAUCCCCCAGCUUUUUCUGCAAGUAGUUUUACAGCAAGUAUAUCGGAAGUUGCAACGGUUGGAACAAGUAUCAUUGAAUUUACCGUAACAGAUAAAGACUCGUCGACAUCAAAUACGUUUAACAUUGUAAGUGGAGACACAGGCGGGUUCUUUGAGUUUGAUGCCAAUAAAUUACAGCUGAAAUCAGUAAUUGACCUUGAUACUCCAACAUCAGCGUCAAAUACGUACCCUUUACAGAUUACAGUAACAGAUGGUGGAACGCCAGAACUUACAGGGGCAGCACACCUAACCGUAUUUGUAUCAUCGUCAAAUGAACAUACACCAACGUUUCCUACAAGUGUCAUCAGUCAGACGGUUGCCGAGUCAGCGCUAGUUGGAUAUACAGUAACGAGUUUGUCAGCAACAGAUAAUGAUUACAGUGAAGAUGGAGACAUUCAGUACUCAAUCGUCUCUGGAAACACUGAUAACUCCUUCCGUAUUGACGCAGCAGAAGGGUAUCUUACUCUAAUAAAGAAACUAGACUAUGAAACAACUACAUCGUAUGUUCUUCACAUCAAGGCUGAAGAUGGCGGCACUCCCGCAAAUUCUGCUACCUGUACAGUUUCUGUAACCGUAUCGAACGAAAAUGACAAUGAACCAACAUGCACAACGUUGUCAGUAAUAACAAUUUUGGAGACAGCUUCCGUUGGCGAUACGGUUACAACUUUGUCUUGUAAUGACCAGGAUGGAAUCGGAAGUUUAUCAUUUAGUACAACAGUGACCAGAUUUUCUGUUGAUGCAACAUCAGGACAAGUAACUCUAGCUAAUUCUGUUGAUUAUGACAGCAUAGACCAGUCGUAUGCAUUUGAUGUUACGGUCAGCGAUGGUUCUCAUUCUACAACUGUUGGUGUGACUGUAAGCAUUACAGCAGUUAAUGAGCACACACCAAGCUUUACAGCUGUUACUGAAACUGUUGCUGAAAAUCUGGCGGUUGGUACUUCCAUAACAACAUUCACAGCCACGGAUAUUGAUUAUUCUCCACAUGAUAUUACGUCAUAUACGAUAACAGCAGUAAGCAACAGCGGAAGUGACAAGUUUUCAAUAGAUACAAGUUCUGGAGAGGUCAAAUUAUCACAGUCAUUGGAUUACGACACUUUAACUACAAAGUAUUAUGAAAUAACUAUUGUGGCAGAGGAUGGUGGUGGCCUUAAGGGCACUGGAACUGUUACUGUAUCGGUUACGGAUGUAAACGAUAAUGCACCUGCAUGUCUGCACUCUCUCUACGUGAUAUCCUUGGCAGAAGACACAAUUCCAUCAACGAUUAUAAACGAUUUACUCUGUUCUGAUGACGAUUCAAGUACAAAUGGAGAUUUAACGUUUACCUUAACACAAUCACCUGGAUCGAUGUUUUCGUUAAUGGAAACAGGCACUGUAGCUCUUAAUUUGACAGGUACUCUUAAUUACGAGACAGUUACAGCAUAUACUUUAGAAGUAUUGGUAGUGGAUGGCGGAAGUUCACCUCUAUCUACGACUGUUUCAAUUGACAUAACAAUCAGCGAUGUCAAUGACGGAGGACCAAGCUUCAAUGCAACUUAUAAUACAUCAGUUAUAGAAGACAGCAAUAUCGAGACUGUUGUAGAGACGGUAGCGGCUACAGAUCCUGAUCAUUCAAAUUCGACAUUUGGAAAUUUAUUCUAUUCAAUCCUAUCUGGAGAUACAGAUAGCAAGUUUACUAUCGAUUCUUCUACAGGUCAGAUAACUCUUAAUGGAAAUUUAGAUAGAGAAACAACGGACUAUUAUUUGCUAGUUGUGCAAGCAAAAGAGCAAGUUGGGACUUAUUCCGCCUCUACAACAGUGAAUGUGUCGAUAAGUGAUGUUAACGAUAACAUUCCCAUUUGUAUAUUUAUGACGUUUAGUUCAGAAAUAGCCGAGUCGUCUGCUUCAGGGACAACUUUACUUACAUUAAACUGCUCAGACAUUGAUACAGCAACAUAUGCAACCCUCUCUUAUGCAAUAGUAUCUGGUAAUACAAGUGUCUUUGAACUCUCUUCAAAUGCCUUGUUAUUGAAGACUGCAGUAAAUUUUGAGUCUGAUAUUACAUCUUAUAAUCUUAUCAUACGGGUUUCGGAUGGAACAAACCUUGUCAAUAUAACAGGAACGAUUACAGUAACAGACGUCAAUGAAGAAGUACCUGAAUUCAUAUCAGGGGAAUACACUAUAAAUGUACCUGAAAAUUCAACUAUUGGAUCAACGAUUGCUACCGUAACAGCCACAGAUAUUGAUACAACUGAUGUAUUAACGUAUACUAUUUCGUCAUCAACGUCAUACUUCAGUAUAGAUUCUUCAACUGGCGAUAUUCUUCUUACAAAAGAACUGGACAGGGAGAUGGCUGAUAGUCAUACAUUAAAUGUAUCAGUGUCAGAUAGUAUGAAUAGCAACUUUACAACUGUAUCAAUUACAGUGACAGAUGUUAACGAUAACGCACCAAUCCUCAAUCCAAUAUCAUACAGAGGUACUGUAUCUGAAGAAGACUUGGCUGCUGCUAGUGUUAUACUGACAGUCGCAGGCACAGAUGCUGAUGACAUACUUACUGAUGGGAAUGGAAAUAUAUCAUUUAGCAUCAUAGAUGGCGAUCCAACAAACGACUUUCAAAUAAAUGUCUCUUCUGGGGAACUGGUAACAACGAAACAGCUUGAUUAUGAAACAACAACCUCUUAUUCUCUUGUUGUAAGAGCUUUUGACAGAACAGGAGACAGUCAAUCUUUGUCAGCGACGGCUUUUAUUACAGUUUCUGUCACAAAUGUUAACGAAUUUGACCCAGUUUUUAAUGCGACAUAUUCAUCAGCUAUUGACGAGGACAUAGAUGUCGGUACAUCAAUUUUAACUGUGUUUACCACUGACGGAGAUGAUGGUAUCGCUGGUGACAUUUAUUAUUCUUGCACACAUACCAAAUUCUAUGUUGAUUCUGAAACUGGGACACUUUAUCUUAAGGAUAAUUUAGAUUAUGAAACAGCGACAUCAUAUGAAGUUAAUAUAACGGCUACUGAUAAGGGUAGCCCAGCACGCAAUGAAACAACGAACACCAUAAUAGAUGUAAACGAUGUUAAUGAUAACACUCCAGAAUGUUCUCCAUCUUUGUAUGCAACUGUCCAAGAAGAAGAUGUUGCAAUUGGCACGACCUUUGUCACUUUGACUUGUACAGACGCAGACAAUGGGGACAACGGAAAUCUAUCAUAUACAAUCACGAGUGUCAACAACGUUGCAGGGUCUGGAUCAUUUACGAUCGAUUCAAAUGCGUCUGUAACAACAACUUCCGGCUUGGAUUUUGAGAACACUGAAAAUUAUAUUCUCGUUAUAAACGUCACUGAUGGUGGAACAGUACAGAGAUCAACAACAGUAACGGUCAAUGUUGCUGUUACAGAUGUAAACGAACACGAUCCCGUGUUUCCGUCAACAACAUAUCAAGUUAGCAUUUCGGAAGCAAUUACGGUCGGAACUGUUGUACAGAAUAUUUCAGCAACUGAUUCAGAUUCUGCUGAUUUAGUUUAUUAUUAUUUCAAUAGUACUAAUGCUGCAUUUGAUAUUGACUACGUAACAGGCCAAGUAAAGGUGAAGUCAGCACUUGACAUGGAAAUUAAUCCUAGCUAUACUAUUGUUGUUAUUGCUUUAGAUUCUGGAACGGUCAACUCUUCCCGGUCAACAUCAGCAACUAUUGAGAUAACUAUACUUGAUGAGAAUGAAAAGCCACCGAUUUUUUUGACGAACUUUUAUAUUGUUUCAUUAUCAGAGAAUUCGUCCAUUGGGUCAUCGGUCGUUUCCUUGAAUGCAACUGAUUCAGAUAAUGAUAAUGUAACGUAUAGCAUAAAUUCAGGAAACAUGUAUAACUUAUUCACUCUGAAUUCAACAACAGGAUUACUGGAGCUUAACUCAAGUCUCGAUUAUGAAAAUGCUACGAGUUAUACACUUAUUGUACAAGCCGAAGAUACACGUGGUUUGAGCAGUACUGUAACAGUUGAAGUUGUUGUUGUCGCUUAUAAUGAAUACUCUCCAGUGUUUUCAGGAAAUAGUUCAAAUGUGUCUGUACCAGAAAACACUACUGUUGGAACAACCAUCAUGACUUUGUUAGCAAUAGACGAUGAUAGAGGUGAUGACGGUAUAGUUCAAUAUAGUAUCAACUCAACAACAACACAGUUCGCAAUCGAAAGUUCAUCUGGGGCUAUCAAACUGACGGGUGUACUAGAUCGCGAAACGAUAAACGAAUAUUUUAUUGAUGUGUUCGCUGUCGACAGUGGUACAACACCAUCAAGCUUUACAGCCACAUAUAGCUUAAUUGUCAGCGUAGCAGAUGUGAACGAUGUAACACCAAUAUGUUCGUCAAAUGCUAUUACACAUGAAAUUGCGGAGGACAGUCUUAUCUCGACAAAUCUUGUUCACCUUAACUGUACAGACGGUGAUGAUGAUCCAAAUUUAAUAAAUAACCAAAUCAGUUACACUAUUUCUAGCGGGAAUACUGGAAGUGCAUUUCAUUUGAACAACACAACUGGAGAUCUAAGCUUAUCUAACGUUUUAGAUAGGGAAACAACGUCCUCAUAUAGAUUGGUUUUAACGGUAUCUGAUUCAGGGACUCCCGUAUUGACAACAGCCGUAAAUGUUUUCAUAACAAUAACAGAUAUCAACGACAACUUUCCACAGUUUACAAAAAGCUCAUAUUACUUCUUGGUAGAUGAAAACAUUGCACUGUCUUCUGUUGUCGGACAAGUUUUUGCUACUGAUUCAGACUCUAGCGGAGCAGGGCUAGUUUAUUACACCAUCUCAUCUGGAAAUGAAGAAGGAAAAUUUGCUGUAGAUCUUUUAAGUGGUAAUAUAAAAGUUAUAUCUUCUUUGGAUACUGAGAUAACUAAUCUGUAUAAUGUUACAAUAAAUGCAUCUGACAACGGAAGUCCUGUUCAGUUUGGUGUUACGUAUGUCGUAAUUACUGUGAACGAUGUGAACGAUAACUCUCCUAGUUGUUUGCAUUCAUUUAUUUCUGCUACCGUCACAGAAAACGCAACUUACGGAGAUGAGGUUGCACAGCUGACAUGUUCCGAUAAUGAUGACACCUCAAAUCUGUCAUAUAUUUUACUAAGUACAGACCAAGAGUUCGAAAUGAAUGCAACAAGUGGAGUUUUGAAAUUAAAUAACAGUUUAAAUGCAGAAAUUACGCCUUCGUUUGAACUUUUAAUCAACGUAACAGACAUGACAUAUUAUACAACUGUAACAGUCUAUGUUACAGUAAGCGAUAUCAAUGAAUACACGCCAGUAUUUUCUACAUCUGAUUCUUACAAUGUUACGAUAACUGAAGAUUUUCCAAUUGCAGGAACUAUUUAUACUAUAACAGCAUCUGAUAAUGACUAUUCUAAUGAUACACUUGUAUACUCUAUCGUCAGUGGCAUUACAAGCUCGGAAUUUACAAUAAACUCCAACACUGGUAUCCUUCUCUUACUAAAAUCACUUGAUGCAGAGACGACCAGCCAAUACACAUUAGAAAUCGAAGCAACAGAUGGUGUUUAUAGUAAUUCAACUAAUUUAACAAUUACAGUUUCUGAUGUGAAUGAUAACUAUCCGUCUUGUGACCAAAGUGUGUAUACUGCAUCAUUUAAUGAAAACACAACAAUUGGAUCCACCAUUGUAGCUCUAAAUUGUUCCGACAUUGAUAUAUCGAAUACAGAUCUAGUCUAUUCGAUUACAUCGGGGAAUGCAGACAACAUUUUUGAGAUAAACGCCACAUCUGGAAUUUUAUCGCUUAACUAUAGCUUAGAUUACGAAAAUUGUACGCUUUACACUCUUUCGAUAUCUGCAACCGAUAAUGGUACUCCUAGUCGCAUUAUAGAUAUCAAAGUUUACAUAAAUGUUAUCCCUAUCAACGAGGAACCUCCAAUAUUCGGGUCAAUGGAAUAUAAUAUAUCCGUUGCGGAGGAUUUAACGCUAAACAGUAAUAUUAUUUUGGUAAAUGCGUCUGAUUCUGACACUGGUAAUUCCCAUGGUACCAUAACUUACGUUAUAUUCUUCGGUGAUUCAACUGGUCAAUUUGCAGUUGACACAUUGGGUCAAAUAAAACUAGUAAGACAACUGGAUAGAGAAACAAGUGAUUUCUACAAUUUGACUAUUUUGGCUUCGGACAGUUCUACAUCGUCUGCUGAUUCUAUGACAUCAACCGCUUUUGUUAGUAUAAUGAUUUCUGACGUCAAUGAUAACUACCCAAAGUUUUCUGAAAGCUCAUAUUCAGUCUCUUUAAUGGAAAACACUGUUAUAGGUGCUACAGCACUGAGCUUGAGUGCAACAGAUGAUGAUAUUAAUGAAAACGGCAAGUCUGGUUUUUUAUAUUUUAUUAUCUCCGGGAAUACAGGCGAUACAUUUAAUUUGUCUGACAACAAAUUAAUUUUAGCAGCUGAAAUUGAUAAGGAAACAGUAUCAUCCUUUAAACUUCAAAUACAGGUACAAGACAAUGGAUCAAUAUCAUUAUCAGACAACGCUUAUGUUAAUAUCGAGGUUUUAGCUGUGAAUGAAUAUACCCCGGCGUUUGCUAAUGACAGUAACUCGAUAACGGUCAGCGAAACUAUUCCACUUGGAACUAUUUUGCAUACAUUUGCAGGAACAGACCAAGAUACGGGAGAUUACGGAACAUUACGGUAUUAUAUUGCUGACAACAUUACAUAUAGCGAAUUCUUACUUGACGAGUAUACUGGACAGUUGACUGUUUGGUCAGCAUUAGAUUAUGAUACAGCACCAACAGAAUACAACUUGACUGUCCAAGUGGUUGACACUGGAUUUAACGGUUCUUUCUCUAAAGCUGACUAUAUGUGGUUAUUUAUAAAUUUAACGGAUGAAAACGACCACACUCCUACGUUUUCUCAAAAUGUAUAUACAUUCACCAUUCAGGAGAACACAACUUCAGGCAGUUUGAUCGGCAGCGUUGUUGCUUCUGACGAGGAUUCUGGGAGCAAUGGUGAACAAACAUACUACAUUGUGAGUGGGGAUGGUGCUAGUGUAUUUUCUGUCAAUGAAACAUCAGGUGAAAUUACAACAUCAUCAGACAUUGACUACGAAACGAAAAUUUUGUAUUCGAUUGUAAUGGAAGCCAAGGAUAAUGGCACAAGCAGUUUGUCAUCGCGAUGUUUAGUAAAAAUUAUAAUUACUGACAUUAAUGAUAAUGCUCCAACUUUCCAACCUGACAAUUUCGCUGUUAAUAUUGCCGAGGAUUCUGUCAUUGGUACAUCUGUUACAUCAAUGUAUGCGGUGGAUCCAGAUUCAGCAGUGUCAAACAAUAACGUAUUUACAUACAAUUUGAUUUCUGAUACCUUUACUAUUGACUCCGCGACUGGUAUGAUAACAACAACUACGAGCUUAGAUACAGAAAAUAUCACAAGCUAUAUAUUAAAUAUAACAGCAGUUGACCAUGGGUCGCCAGUUUUAACUGGCACAGCGACAAUUACAGUUCUGAUUGAUGAUGUUAAUGAUAAUAUUCCGAUUAUCUACGGUGAUUAUAUGUCCGUAGUGUCUGAGGAUUCUGGCAUAAACACAGUCAUAGCAACUAUCAAUGCAACAGACCACGAUGACGGUAAAAAUGCUGAACUUAAAUAUUCUAUUGUAAGCGGUAACACUGAUAAUGACUUUAAAUUAGACAGUGGGUUCGGAAUUUUACAGGUAGCCAAAACACUUGAUAGGGAGAGAACAUCAUCUUACGAUUUAUUAAUAAACGUUACGGAUGGUGGAUCUACAUUAAAAUCAACCACUGUAAAUGUGACGAUUACAAUUUUUGAUCUCAACGACAAUGGUCCUACUUUCACCUCCGUAACCUUUAAUUUCAAUACCACUGAAGAUGCUGUCGUUGGAUUAGAAGUUGGUACUGUGACUGCCAAUGAUUUGGACGCUGGUAGUAAUGGAGAAAUAACAUAUUCUUUACCAAUAUUUUGGUCGGGAUUGAAUUCUCAUUUCCAAAUCAAUGACACAACGGGUGUCAUUUCAACAGCUGCUGUUUUAGAUCGGGAAACAUAUGAUUCGUAUACAAUACUUUGUAAAAUAGCAGACAAUGGGUCACCAACAUUCACUAACACUGUUAAUAUAUCAAUAACGAUAACAGAUGUUAAUGAUAACAAUCCGAUUUUCAAUGAUACAGUAUAUUCUGCCUCUUUUCCAGAAAAUCAGGCAGUUGGUACAACAUUGAUAUAUGUUUUUGCAGCGGACGUCGAUAUUGGCGUAAAUAAGGACAUAACAUUGACAAUUGAUACAUCUACAACAAAUGGACAAACAGCUGACACGUACAUUGCAAUUGAUUCAGUGUCACAAACCUUAACAGUGAAGCAAAAUAUCGACCGUGAGAUUACGUCAUUAUUUCAGUUCACAUUACUAGCAAAAGAUGGUGGAACACCAUCAAGAUUUUCCAACGCCUCCAUUAGUUUUAUUGUGGAAGAUUUGAACGACAACGCUCCAUCUUUUUCCUCCAGUUUUUACAAUGCAGAGAUACCAUACAAUGAUAACUGUCAUGUUACUGUUGCAGUGGUAUCAGCCAGUGACAGUGAUGAUGGUGAUAUUGUAACAUACAACCUAGCAACAACAGAAUAUUCGAAUAUAUUUAGUUUAAAUUCUACCUCAGGUGUGAUAUCGUUGGUCGCAACGCCUGGUGAAAACACAAAAUAUGAACUGGAAAUCAUUGCAAGCGACACUGCUUUAACUAACAGUACAGUGAAAGUUCGAGUUGACACAUUCGAAUCAGAGAGCGCAGUUGUGACUUUAUCUCUUGGUAUUAGCAAAACAGCUUUUGAACCGAUUGAACAAACAUUCAUUAGCGAACUUGAUUCAGUUAUUCAGCAAAAUUACAGUACUAGUCAAACUAGAAGAUGGUGCAUUAAAGCAACAUCAUAUAGUUCAUUAGAUGUAUCAGUGUAUGUUUUGGAAAACAAUGCUACAGAUUCGGCAGAUAAUGUACCACAAAACAAAACUAUGUUAAGUGCAGUAGUUGUAAAGUCACUACUAACGACUUCCAAUGGAUCUGUUAUUUUGUCUGGUGGUGUUUGGGACCAAUUCAAUAUAACCGGAAUUUCAUCCUUUACUGCGACUAUAACAUCAACGGCUGGUGCGACAGAUGAUCAGUGGAUUACGUCAACUACAGGAAUUGCAGUCUUAAGCAUCAUUUGUGUUUUAGUUGUAGUUGGUGUUAUGUUAACUGUUUACUUGUUGAGAACGUCAAGAAAACCAAAGAUUAAAUCAGAAGAAGAAAUAUUAAAAGAAAAAAGAUUGGAAAUGAAGGUUGAGGAAAAGGACUUGGAGAAACCUCCAGAUGUUAAAAAACAAACUAUGCUAAUAGAAAUUGAGGACGAUCUUGAUGACUUGAAGACAGUACCGGCGACACGGCAACAGAGUAGAAUAGGAUCAGUCUUUAGUAAUAAUAGUAGAAGAACCCAUGUAUCAACAGACCUUCCAAAAGGGACACAAGUUUCAGCUAAACGCCCGUUUAGAAAUCAAAUGUCUGCGCCUAAAUCUGACAUUAAACUGGAAAAUGUGGACAAAUUUUAUGACGAAAUCGACAAAAGCAAACUACCACCGCCAGUAAUAGUAAGAGGACCUAUGCCAAAAAUAGACAGAAAAACACAUUACAAAGACAAUGAUUUUUGGAAUGAUAUGGCACUUCCUAAUGUCACUGGGUUCAACGGUUUUUCAAAAGCAAAGAAAACUGAACAUAAUAAAGUUGGAAGACCGAUAGUAACACGUGUCUAUGAUGAAGCUUCUAGACAGAUUGUGGAAAUAGACUAUAAAACAGGUACCAAAAAAUACAUUACUGACAAUUGAUUAUUCACGAUAUCUGAAAUAUGUAAUGUUUGUUAUAACGACAUAUGUUUUAUCGUUGAAGUAAUAAGUUUUAUUUUUUUUACAUCUAGUUUUAAUGUUUCACGAUUGAGUCUUUUGUAGACGUACAAUGAUAUAAGCCUUAUAUAUAUGAUGAGUUUAUUUUUUCAGUAACCAAGAACAGGUUUUGUAUGUGUGUCUUGCAACCGGUUUUUUGUGGGUUUCGUUUUUUGCCAUGGUAUUUGUCUGGUUUUCUUCGUCUUGUGAUUCUGGGUUGUUCUUUGGUCGCUCUUGCCUCUUUUUAAGACAAUUAUUGUAGAUUGGUAAAUGCGGUGUGCACGUAAAGCUGGCUAAAAUGUAUCCCGACCAAUUUUUGAGUCUGUACUAAAUCAGGUUUUGUGAUCCAUGUUUUGUUCGUUGUUUUUCUGUAGUCUUUUUUUUUCGACACGAGUCGGAUGUUGGUGGUAAGUGUGAUUCGUUGAGCUGUCCACUAAUUUUGGUAAUUCAAUUUAUCCUUAAUAUGUUUUAUGUAGAAAUCUUAAAAAUUAAGGAGCUACAAAGGAGGUAUUAAAAAAGUAAUAGAAGAAAUACAAUCAACACUAAAGCCAACAAAUAAAAAGACGCUUUAUUACUGUUAACAUGUCAUAACAAAAUUACGGGACUGAAAGCCAUUUAAUUCAUUUUAUAAUUUUUUUUUUAUUUUGCUGACUCAGAAAUCAACUGGCAGAUUGCAUCAUUGAAACAUAUGAGGCUCCAAAGCAUCGGAGUGAUAAAAGAAGUGCAAUUUUACCAUCGAAUGCAGUAUAAUAUUUUAUUAAAAAUCCUAAAUCAAAUUAGAAAACAAAGAUGUAUUGAUGAAAUUCGAUCUUAUCCUUUAUGGGAGGGAGAAAACUUUAAAAUCGGUGGUUCAAGUGUUUAUUAUAAAAACUGGGCUGAAGCUGGAAUUUGGACAGUGCAUGACUUGUUAGAUAAUCAGGGCAAAAUUAUGUCAUUUCAAAAUUUCCAUCAACUAUAUCAAUUUAGAACAAAUUUGUUUACAUUAUUAUGGAAUAGCACAUUCGCUUAAAUAGUGGUUAAAAGUUAUCAAUAUAUAUGUCAAGGAGAAAAGUUCUCAAGCAAUUUUGCCUUUCAUUAUAAGUAUUUUCUUUUUAAAAAAAUUCAAAGGACAUGUACACAGUAUUGAAUGAGAAAUAUAUUACUUUUUCUGCAAAGGAAAAAUGGGGAAACCAUCUUAAUAUGACUGAUAUUAACUGGAAAAGAAUAAACCCUUCAUGUUCAAAAUAUACAAGAAGCACAAAGCUUUGCUGGUUCCUGCCUAUACCAAAGUAUUCCUGACUGUACCAAGUCAGGGGUACGACAGUUGUUUUCCAUUCGUUUGGUGUGUUUGAGCUUUUGAUAAUAUUGCCAUUUGAUAAGGGACUUUCCGUUUUAAAUUUUCUUUGAAGUUUGGUAAUUUUGUUAUUUUACUUUUUUCCAAUAUAGAAUUAUCCAUUUUGGAAACUAAUACACUACUUUACAAGAUGAAAAUAAGUAGUAGCAAUGUAUGCACAUUUUGCAAAGAAGAACCAGAGACCAUAAAACAGCUAUUUUGGAGUGAUCAUAUGGUCUCCAGUCUCUGGCAUGCAUUAAGCAAUUAGAUUUUUGAAAUGACAAAUAUUGAACUGCCUUUGAAUAUCAAAAUUAUUCUAUUUGGUAACUUCGAAAAUAUUAAAUUGAAUUUUGUUAAAAAUGAGAUUAUUUUGCUUACAAAAUACUUUUUUACCGAACAAAAUUACAAGAAGUAUUGCUAAAUUUAAAUGCUUUAAAAAAUUAUUUAAAGGAAGACAUGAACUUAGAAAAAUACAUUUCAUUUAAAAAAAACCUCUCUGAAGAGGAAUGCAACAAAUACUGGAGUCCCUAGAAUAAUUAAUAAAUGGUGUUUUUUUGGUUUAUCAAUUUUGAUUUAAACACCACAAAUAUAUAUCAAGGAACAAAAUAAGAUUCCCUCGUUAUAUGAUAAUUAUCUAUGUUUAACCUAAUGUUGUACCAUUAUAUAUUCAUUUGAUUUAAAACUUCCUCACUUUGAAUAUGCCACUUAUGUAUACCUUUGUUCAUACAUGUUGUGCUAGCCUAUUUGUUACAAUAAAGCAAAUUCAUUAUAAAAAAAAA